UUAUAUAGUUGUAGCUUUACCAGAAGUCCUGGCGUACAUGCGUAGCAGAAAAUUCGUUUGUCUGCACAAUAUUCGUUUACUAUAGACCUUGCAGCUGAGUUUGUAUGCUUUUUGAGUGUAUGCCUACAUAAAUCCGAUUAGCGCGAUUGGCUGUCAGAAGUGUUAUUCGGUAGAAAGUCCAUCGUUUUGUAAUUUUACGGCUUAAUGCAGGCUAACAAAUUGGACACGGCUUCUAUUUUGGGCCGAAAGAGACAAACAAACACACACAAAACACACACACAUUGAAAAAAUAGUGCUCUUGCGUACGUUAAAGCAAACCAUUUCUUAACCUACAAAUAAACUUACAGACAGACACAAUGUAGUUCCACUAUUCUUACGCUUCCGAAUGUCAUAACCUAUCAUCAAGUGGACAUAUGUACAUGAUGGCCGCAGGCCGUGGAGAACGGGAGAAUAUGAUGAUGUGGUCAAUGAAAAUGAUUCACCGAAAUAUGGUUACAAGAGCGAAGGCGAAAACGGCUCGUAAGUGUCUAAUUGCCAACCAUGUGCAGCGCCGCAUUUCAAUGGAGGUAAGCGAUGAGGAGGAUGCCAUCGGUUUGGUGUAUGAAGUGGAGCGCCGUCGACGUUGCCUACGCACUGCUAUUAAGCAAUCCUUCGCUGGUGCAUUUAGUAGUGGUGUGGAGGAUGAAAGUGGCGAAGAAGAUUAUCUAGAGCUGGAGAGUGGCAAACGGAUGUCAGAGGAAGCUGGAAGCUUAAUGAAUAUGAAGAAGAACUCUCACCACCGAAUUCCAUUUUUCAAUCUACAAUCAAUUCGAAGUUACUGCAAACCAAACAAAAGUGUAUCAGAAGUACGACUUGACAAUAUAUAAUAUACUCGAAGUUUACUCAAACUGCAGUGUCAGUAUGCGGCCCUUGUGGAAAAGCUGAUCAGAGAAUGAAAUAAACAAACGUACUAUUUUUAUUAUAAAUUAUUUAUUUUUAUUUGAAUAAGUAAUAUGCAAUUAAAACUUUGUACUAAACUUAA